GUCUUCUGUAAAUGCUCCUCGUCCCAUCAAUGCUCAAAAUGGCGUCUCAAACCGAGAGGAAGAACAUCGUAAUAAUAGGCGGCGGUAUCAUUGGAUCAACCACAGCCUACUUCCUCUCCCAUCACCCAAAAUUCAAUCCCGCUACCCACACCAUCACCCUUCUCGAAGCCACGAAGAUAGCUGGAGGGGCUUCCGGGAAAGCAGGAGGCCUUCUGGCGCUAUGGGCAUAUCCAAGCUGCAUCGUUCCGCUCAGCUACCGGCUACAUGAAGAGCUCGCAGACAAGCACGGAGGGGCUGAAAGAUGGGGAUACCGCGCUGUUUACUGCGGACAGCUAGACGCCAAAGCCCGCCCAAAUACCAACUCCAGUGCCAAGACUAAAGACAAGGAGUCUGUCUCCUUGAAAAAGCGGUCCCAAAAGGCUUUCGACCUUCUGAAGUCUGCCGGCAUCCCUAAAGACCUAGAUUGGGUAGACCCCGAAAGCGUUCGCGCGUAUGAUUCCAUGGGCGACCCCUCUACCACUGCUCAAGUGCACCCAUAUCAGUUUACGACUUCUAUGGCCGAGCUCGCUGGAGAGAAAGGCGUUGAGAUCAUUUACGGGUCUGCAAAAAAGAUUGACCUUACAGCUGACGAUUCUGCUGUUACUUCUGUAACCUAUGCGGCUAAAGAGGAUGGAUCCACCCGCACGUUGCCCGCAGAUACUGUCAUUCUCACCGCUGGCCCAUGGUCAAGCACGGUCUGGCCCGAGACACCGAUUGAGAGUGUGAGGGCGCAUAGUGUUACAAUUCGUCCCUCCCGCCCUGUCUCGGCUUAUGCGUUGUUUACGAGUAUAACACUAGAUAAGCAGCGGACCGUCUCCCCUGAAAUCUACGCCCGGCCGAACAACGAGGUAUAUGCCUGCGGGCCGGGCGACAUGACAGUCCCACUCCCGCCCUCUACUGAUGUUGUGGAGAUUGAUGACGCGCGAUGUAAAGACGUGGUUGACCAAGUCAGCGCGAUCAGCGAUGAGCUCAGAGAUGGUGAGGUUACUGCGAGGCAGGCAUGUUAUCUACCGCAUGUGACGAGUGGGGAUGGGCCAUUAAUCGGGGAAACGAGCGUCAAAGGUUUGUUGAUCGGCACGGGGCAUACUUGUUGGGGAAUUCAGAAUGCGCCGGGGACGGGAUGUGCGCUGGCUGAGUUGGUGUGGGAGGGGGAGGUAAGGAGUGCGAAUUUGAAGAGUCUGGACCCUAAGCUCCACAUGUAAGGCAUUGGAGCAGGGUAAUAGGCAAAAUGACUCCUUGUAAAAUUCGUGAGACUCCUACAUGUGGUAAGUGAGGUACAUCUGAAGCAUGAACGUAAGUCAAGCGUAGUCGAGGAGGGUGUUGAAUGGGCACAUCAUGUGAUGUUCAAACUGGAGGAAAGUAGGCUCGAUUUCUACUCGUCUUUCCCUAGCCCAAGAGUUUGUGAAACGAUCAUCCCGAGGAGUCUACACAUGAUUAAUUGGUAAAUCUCGUGGGUUGCUGCUCGUACGUCUUGGCCGAUCGGCGAUUUCAUAGUGUUAUAGUACCUGGGCGAAAGGCUGCGCGCUCUUGCUUGCCACUAUCCGAGGUACUGCGGCGCAUCAAGAAGAGUUCAGAAAAGAUGUACAAUCCCAAGCAGCGCAAACCGGAAC